AUACGGAAAGGAAGAAGCUGGCCAAGAUACCUGGUUGUAGUUGGACAGAAUCGACCUGAUUCUUCCACCACUGACAGGAACAGGCAAAUACUGCUAACAUAGAGGCUAUCAAACUCGGAAUAUGGUUUGGGAGUGUGUGGUCUGUGUAGCAGUUCAGAUUUUAGGGUUGCGGAUUCAUCAUGGUCAAUGCAACUAAAGGACUGUUCAUUUCCUGUGACAUUCCCAUGGCACAAUUCAUCGUCAAUUUGAAUGCUUCAAUGCCAGCAUCACAGAAGUUUAUUAUACAUGUCCUGGAUAACACUCACUUCUUCGUGCAACCUCAUGUUGCCGAGAUGAUACGAAGUGCCAUAUCUGAGUUCAGAGACCAGAAUUCCUACGAAAAACCAACUUAAUAUCCCUUCAUUUUCCUGUUAUACAUUUCUUCUUUAAUGGAGUUAAGAUAUGAAACCAAAAGAAAAAUCUAUGUAUUACUAUGAGUAUUUGCUCACUUCCCAUAUACGUUUUCAUAUCAUAUCCUGAUAUAGUAAUUCAGGUCUAUAGUUGGAUUUGGGUUUUCCUUUUGAGUAUAGUUUGGCUAUUCCAAGAUCCUUUCUUGGCUUUAUCCAAUAUUAUUAUUAUGAUUAA